CGUUCAUUUCAUUCCAGUUCUCAUUCCUGGAAUUCUUGCGAGUGCUGUGCCGUUCACCAGCUCUGCAACUCACUGCAAUAAAAAAAACACACCCCAACAAAAAAAAUACACCCCCUCAACAGCAAGUUACCAAACUUUUCUUUUUCUUUAAAAAAACUAAUAUUUUUUAUGCAUUUAUAAGAGCUUUUAAAAAAAUAUCCUGAGGGGGAAGAAAGAGAGAAGGAGCGGCGGAGCUGGAGAUUUCUUGUUGUGUGGGGGGUGGGAGAGAGGGAGAGUAUUCACCGCUUGGGCCUGGCCUACUCAGCUCUGCCUCACCGCCGACUUGUUGCAAAUCCCAGGAAAACUCGAGAGCUUUCCUCUUUCUCUGUCUCUCUCUGAAAUUUCUCCUGGUUGGGCUCCAGGCUUAAGGCUUGGAGAAAUCCACUGGCGCCAUAGAUUCCAACAACUGGAGCGGCAGUGAAAGUCCUGCCGAAAACCUGGAGAGGAUGACGGAUUCAGCUGAUAAGCCGAUGGACAACGAUGCAGAAGGUGUCUGGAGUCCUGACAUAGAGCAGAGUUUCCAGGAAGCCCUGGCCAUCUACCCACCAUGUGGAAGGAGAAAAAUCAUUCUCUCAGAUGAAGGCAAAAUGUAUGGUCGUAAUGAGUUGAUAGCCAGGUAUAUCAAGCUAAGAACAGGGAAGACACGCACUAGGAAGCAGGUGUCUAGUCACAUUCAGGUUCUUGCCAGAAGGAAAUCUCGUGAGAUUCAUUCCAAGCUAAAGGAUCAAGCGGUGAAGGAUAAAGCCCUUCAGAGCAUGGCGGCAAUGUCUUCUGCACAGAUUGUAUCAGCAACAACCAUCCAGCAUAAGCUGGGCCUCCCAGGUAUUGCUCGCCCAUCCUUUCAAGCAGCACCUGGGUUCUGGCACAGUGUGAUACCAACAGGACAACCAGGAUCCUCACAGGAUGUGAAGCCCUUUGCUCAACAGCCAUAUGCAGGCCAACCAGCAGUUACAACACCCAUUUCAGGUUACGAAUCCGCAGCUGCCCCAACUCCCUCAGUCCCAGCAUGGCAAGGCCGAUCUAUCGGAACAUCCAAACUUAGACUUGUGGAAUUCUCGGCCUUUCUCGAACAGCAGAGGGACCCAGACUCAUACAACAAACACCUCUUUGUACAUAUUGGACAGACCAACCAUUCCUACAGUGACCCUUUGCUUGAAUCUGUGGAUAUUCGCCAAAUUUACGAUAAAUUCCCAGAGAAGAAAGGUGGCCUUAAAGAACUAUAUGGGAAAGGACCCCAUAAUGCUUUUUUCCUUGUGAAAUUCUGGGCUGACUUGAAUUGCAAUAUUCAAGAUGAUGCAGGAGCAUUUUAUGGAGUCACUAGUCAGUAUGAGAGCUCAGAAAACAUGACAAUCACUUGCUCAACCAAGGUUUGCUCAUUUGGAAAACAAGUAGUUGAAAAAGUAGAGACUGAGUAUGCAAGGUUUGAGAACGGGCGUUUUGUGUACAGAAUAAACCGUUCUCCCAUGUGUGAAUAUAUGAUCAACUUUAUUCACAAGCUUAAACACUUACCGGAAAAGUACAUGAUGAACAGUGUUUUGGAAAACUUCACUAUUUUGUUGGUGGUAACAAACAGGGAUACACAGGAGACGCUUCUGUGCAUGGCGUGUGUUUUUGAGGUCUCAACCAGCGAACAUGGAGCACAGCAUCACACCUAUCGGCUUAUGAAGGAGUAAUCCUCGGAAGAUUCAUUCCGUUCUGGAGAGAAAAGAAACACACAGCUGCAGCUCGAUAGACUUAAAACCUCAUUACAUGUGGCAGUGCCUCAAAUCAAUUGAUACACCAAGAACACAUCUGAGUUUUGAUGUGGGUAGCCUUUUUAAUGUGUGUGAGUGUGAGCGUGUGUGUAUAUGUACAUCAACAGCUGUGAAUUAUGGUACCUUGUGAUAGCUUUUUAUAUUGAAUUACAUGUGCUUCAAAAUGUUUUUUUAAAGAAAAAUGCCUGUUUGUUGGAUACUACAUUAUGAAAAUUGGACUGUCAUGUCUGAAAAAAAUUUCUUUUAGUAAUUGUGGGGGUGUCGCCUAGUCAGUACAGGUUUUUCUGUGGCAACAGAAGAUACAAAAAAAAGAACAUAAUGAUUGUAGACACAAUGCAUUUAACUGUGGGAUGACUGUCUGCCUAUGUAAAGAUAAUUUAUUUAAAGAGGUUUUUUCCCAAAGAUGGUAUAUUCACAGGUAUAUAUUUAUCAAGAUGUGAAUAUGCAGGAGAUAGCAUCAGGAUGAAGUUCGUGGCUUCAAGUCAACAGGUUUUGCAAUGUUGCUGAGAGAAUGUCAGUCAUUUAACAGUCACCAGAUCUGUUUGUUUUCAGGUUCCUUUUUUUUAGUAAAAAUAAAAACACACACUCCUUAUUUUUUAGAUGUUAUUUAAAUUGGAAUACAUAACAUGCAAUACUAACUAUAUGAAAAAUUCAAUCAAAACCUACAGUAAAAGCAGCCAAACAAUCUUCAAAAUGACGGUAGAUGCUAUGUUUUUAGAACUGAGGGGGCAGACCUGCAACAGAAGUAUAUCCAUUAUUGAUUGGUUGAUUCAAUCUGUUUCAGCCACUUGAUGUGACAAUAUUCUUCACAAUAUCUUCAGAGAAUGCACAAUUUUUUAAAACUUUUUAAUUGCAGAAAAAACGAUGUUAUUUUCAGAGCCUUGUUAGGGGUAGCUUCCCAAACAUGUGUAAAUGCAAAACUGUUCAGGCACUACAACGUUUCUGAAGAUUCAAGCUCUUUGCUUUGCGAAUAUACAUGGAAACGUUAAAGUCAGAGUUCUGAUAUGUAAAAAUAAAAAAGUUCACUUUUCACAGGAAAAACCAAGCAUUUGUCCACCUGGCCCUUUCCGACCCACAAAUAAGUCUUGGCUCAGUCCUGGUGAUAGUUUGCAGGGGAUAUAUAUUUGUAUGCAGAUAGGUGGAGUAUUCUCUUAGAUCUUGGAUCAGGAUGAAAUGGGGGCUUUCUAAUACCAAAAUAAAACAAUGACCAUAUGACAAUUUUUGACAAUACUGUGAAGUAGAAAAAACACAGCACAGUGUGUUAGUACAUUUCUAUAAUUCUAUUUUGUAAUAGUCUUUGGAAAUUUACUUUGGAAAAAGAAAGUGUAUUUUUUGCGCCGGGGAGAAGUGAAUGUUUAGAAAAACCACAGGGAGUUAGUUCAGUGCUCAAAAAUAUGGUCCCAAUUUAUGUUUGUAAAGUUGCUCCCUUCAAGAGGCUUGCAAGUGAACCAGUGUGAUUUGUGUUCUUAAGUUGAUGAUUGUUCGGUGGUGUUUAUUUCUGUGGGCUAAAAGAAACUGCCAGCGAGAAUUGAGCAGCAUUACAUUCAGGCAUAUAAGGGGACUAAAGAGGUUUCUCUGUCCUGAGCACUUGAUUCCUUUCGAGAUGUGAAAUUCUCUCGUGGGCUGUCUCAGUUUUUCUUGUGUCUCAACUUUGGUACUUGCAUGUGUGCAUUUUCCACGUUAACUCAGCAGGUAAGGUAAUGAUCAUGUAAACAAACCCAGUUUAAUGUGUCAGCUUUUGUAUUUAAGUUGGAACUUCUGUAAUUCGGAAUAUUUGGCAGUGGCACAGUCACUAAUUGUUCAUUUUUAGGGACUUGAGAAAAUGCCAUGGUUUUAAAGCAUUUUGUCUUCACACAAUUAAACUUGUAAAUGAAAAACACUGUUGUGAUCACAGUUCAUUGUAAGAAAUCAGUGAAAUCCAAAUAAGAUGUUUUUGAGGCUGAGAGUUCUUUCCUAUGCUGGAAGUUUCUAAUGCGUUAUUAGUAACGUUUUUUCCUGAUAUAAUUUUAAUUCAGUGCUGCCAAAGCGUAGAUUAAUCAGUGCCUUAAUAGCAUACAAUGAGAAAUACAGACCACCCGUAGGUCUGGAUGUUUAAAUUGAAGAAUUUGUGCUUUGAGAUUUGUUAUGUGCUAUGUCUUGUCGCUUGGUAGUUUCCAAUAUACCUGUCUUGUGAUUGGUGAAUCCAAACACAUUUUAAAGGUAUGAUGAGAAGUUUUUACUUAAAGUGCAUUACAUUGUUGCACCAACUAUAUACCAGUGACAGAUGAUCACUUUCAAUUCAGUCACACAAGGACCUUAUUUCACAGUUUGGAAUACAACCAGCGCAGAACAGAUUGUAAGUGUAGCGAGCUGUUUUGUCACAUGCCUUUACUAACUAAUGACCAAAUAACGAUCUUCAUACAUUUCCUGCACUCCAGCACGUAAGUGCCUUUGUUUUCUGAUAUUCCAGCCUAGAAAAGAUCUAUGUUCAGUCAAGUGAAAAUCAAAUUGUGUGCAGACCAGAAACCAAAUAAGAAAUAAAUAAGUGGUCACCUUUAAUGCCUUUUACUGAGCUGAGUAUUGCAAGCAAAUUGAAAUGGAAUAAAUCUGAUGUUGACAUUUAGAAGUGUGUUCAGAGAAAUAAGUUGGAUUCAAAGACGUUAAAAAAUUGUACAGCGGAAGCAAAAAAAAACAAAAUUAUUGUAAUUUAUUUUUUUAGCGUAUGUUGUAAAGUUUGAAUCUUAGUGGAUUUUCACAGUUGUAUGAGAAAUCCUGAAAAGAUUAUUGGAUAAAACUUUGCUGUACUGUAUCAGCAUCAAGACUGCAUGGAUACAGUGCUUGUUGUGGAAGUAGGAGAAUCUUUGGAUUGUAUAUUAAAUGAUCCUGAUUAAGUUAUCCUUUUAAGAAAUAUACAGUGCUCGCCUCCAACGUGAUGUAACUACAGAUUAAAUAUUGUUUUUAUUUUACAUAAAAAUAGGUAGAAUAUACAGCACAAGUACAAACCCUUGGCCACAACCAACCCAACCAGCCUCCUUCAUCUCUCAUCUUCUUAUCCACCUAGCGGAUCCUUGUAUUCCUUUCUCCUUUGUGUGAUUACCCAAUGUGCCCAAUACAUCUGUCUGUUCACCCACUUUCUGUUGUAGUAAAGUCCACAUUCUGUCACCACUCUCUGGGUGAAGAAUUUUCUCCCAAAUUCCCUGUUGAAUUUAUUGGUAAUUACCCAGAGCAGAUUGGGUAAUAAAUAUAUCAGGGUCAUUCAUAAUUUUGAGAAUCUUGAUUGAAUCUUUCUUUAGCGUUCUCCACCCUAAGGAGAACAAUCCUAGCUUCUGCAUUCUCUCAUAAUAAUCUGAAGUCCCUGAACCCUUGUACCAUUAUUUUGAAUUUUGUCUUCAGACUGACCAAUGGACUGUUUAAUCCGUGAGCAAUCAGGUCUAGGUUUAGUUAGCAGUAGUUUUGUGUUCUUCCUAUGUGCUGUUGAUCUUUAUCAAUUUCCAUCUGGAGAUUCCACCCAUCACAGCAAUGACUUGGAUCUUGAUGUAUGUGUAUUCACUUGGGUUUUAAGGCUGGAAGAUGCUUGGCUCUUUGUGUUUGUAUAGACUCUGCAGCACAGAAGCAGACCAUUUAGCCAAUCGAUCGGUGCUUGUGUUUAUGCUUCACAACAGCCUCCUCUCACCAAUCAUCUUCUAAACCUAUCAGCAUGUUCUUCUAUUCUUUUCUCUUUCGUCUGUUUACCUAGCUCCUCCUAAAUACCCCUUUGCUAUACACCUCAACUAAUUCCUCGUGUAAGCAAAUUCUUCAUUCAUGUCACUCCUGUCAUUCUGGACUUUUCACAAGCAGAAACAUUAUCCCUACAUUGACUGUCAUGAACUCCUCAAACAUGUUAAGGAGCUCCUAUAAGCAUUGCCUCUGAGCUUUCCCUAUUCUAUAGCAUGAUGGAAAUCAUUGUCCAUUAUUGGUUGGAUAGGUGUAAUUUCCAAAGUACAAGAAGUAUACUCUGAAGUCCUGGGAAUUCUGGUUCAGAGCAUCCUAUUUGACAAUUUGUCAGUUAUUGAGUGCUUUCUGUCUUUGAGCUUAAAGAAAGAACAACUUAAAAACACUUAUACAAUUUUUUUUAUGACCACUGAAUGUUUCAAAGGGCUUUACAACCAAUAAGAUAAUGCUGGAAAUGUAGUGACUGUAAUAAUGCAGAAAAUGCAGCAGUCAAUUUAUUUACAGCAGGUUCCCCACAAAGAGCAAUGUGCCCAUGGCCAGAUAAGAUGUUUUAGAGAUGCUGAUUGAGUGAUAUGUAUUGGUUAGGAUUCUGGGAAUAAUUCCACUGCUGUUCUUCAGAAUCAUGCCAUGGUAUAUUUUAUGUCUACCUGAGAUGGAGGGGUUGGGUUUCAGUUUUAACCUUGUUCCUACAAGAAACAAGUCAAGAAUGUGGUGGAAUACUCUCCAUUUGCUUGGAUGAAUGCAGCUUCGCCAACAACCAAGUAACUCCAGAACAUUCUGGACAAAUCAGUUAUUGUGAUUUGACACCCUGUUCGCUACUUUAACCCGUUCAUUCCACCACCAGCUUGCGGUGAUAACUGUAUGGCAUCUGCCACUUGCACUGUAGCAACUUAAAAAGAAUAAUUUGACAGCACCUUUGAAAUCCCACAAUGCCGACCUCUUAGAAAUAUAAAGGUACCAGACAUGUGGGAACAUGUCCAGCUGCAGGUUUCCAUCCAAGUUAAUUCAUCCUGAUUUGGAAUUAUGUUGUCAUUCCUUCACUGUCAUAGGGUCAAAAUUGUGGAACUUGAACCCUGACAGCAGUACGGAUGUCACCUACUCCUCAAGGUGUGUAGCGGAUUAAGGCAGCUGCUCGAAGGGAAUAUUGGAUGAGAAAAAAAUGCUGGCAUGGUCACAAUUCUCACAUCCUAUGAGAAAAAAAGACUUAGUUACAAGGCAGCACCCCGUCUGCAUGUACUGCUCGCAAAUACUUUUUGUACAAAAGUUGCUGGAUGGGACUUGAACCUGGAAGUUUGUGAUUUUGUGGUGAGAAUGCUCUUGAGUGAAUCUUUUGGAGGGAACGUGGGAGGACAAACAGCAGAGAAAACCUCAAAGUGAAUCAUAAAUCACUCCACUCAAUGCCCCCCCCCCCCUUCCCCAUUGCUGAUGUGGAAUAAACCACAGGAAGCAAUCAGAAGCUUUUGCAGCCCUUUUCAAUGUAGCAGGGAAGCACUGUGAGGAGUGUGCGUAGAUGCAGACCCCUAAUGUAGAGAGGUAAACUUACCAAUAUGUUUCAUAUUACACGCUACAGUAGAUACUGAGGCUAUGACAAUGACUUUAGAACAGCUGGGCAAUAGAAUAUAAGUAAUACACUAUACCAAUAUAUAAUACACUAUGAGAAAAACAGCUGAAAAUUAAGGAUCUGUUUGUUGGAUGAAUUUUGAAUUCUUCUAAAGCCUCAUUCCUGUUUCCUUCUGUCAAACCACGUUUCAGAAAAAUAUUUUAUUUAAUCACUAGUUACAUGCGUUUUGGAGGUCUGCAGUACUUUUUCUAUGCCCGGAAUAACAUUUGUGUUUCAGAUCUAUUGUGUGAGGCUUUUCAAAUUAAAAGUGAAUCUGUUCAUGGGAGUGGCACACAGACAUGAAGACGCACACACUCAGACAUAUUUGUGCAUGUUGACACAAAGACAGAUGCUUGCACACGUGCACAACUCAAAUAGUUGAGGUCUCAAUGAUUGAAAAAUACAAAACAAGCCUUAUUCGUAUAUGUAAGCUGUUAGUCACUAUGCUAUUUUGACAAGGUAGCAAAUUGUGAGGGCACGGGGGUGGUGAUGAAUGAUUACUGUUGUUCUUUAAAUGCUAAUAGAAUGUAGAAUUGGCAGUUUUCAUAUGGAGCAUUGCAAAAUGGUUUAUGUGAGUUUCUCUAACCUUUGUGACCCAGUGCAAUCAAGUGCAUGGUAGAUGGUCAUUAGAACUAUGUAUCUCGUUUUGUGGUCAAGUAUUCUGCAAAUUUAUUUAUAGAUUUCAGCUCAACUGUUCUUUUUCCAGAGCAGCCCCUCUUACCUCCUCACUGGCAAAUGGUUUUAUUGCAGCCCGUGUGCAGUUGUGACCUGUGACAUGAUCAAGUGAAGAUUAGCCAGGGAGAAAAUAAAUGUGCCUGAGUUAAGACAAUAAAAGGAGUUCAGUAUCCUUUAAACCUAAGUAGCCUUUCACUUUUUUCCUAUCAACAAGUUCCUUCUGUAAACAGUUGUUUAUUGCCAUGUGUGUCUGCUCACAUUUAUAAAGUAACUCAUUGAAUUUAACAUUUGCUUAUUUUUGUGUGUUGUACGUAAUGUGUAUGAAAUGGUAUUGUGGCUUUAACUGAUGUUUUGAACUAUGGUCAGUGGUUACUUUUAAUAACACAUACAGCUGGUAAAUUUGAUUAAAAUUCUUUUUUGAUAUAUAAAUCACCCAAAAAUGAAUUAAUACUAAAACUUCUCACAUCCCUUGAAUUCAAAGGCGAAAUUCACAUCUUCACUGAUUUCAAUACUGGGAGCUCUGAUAUAUUUGAUCAUCAUACUGUGGUUCUUCUGUUUUUUCAAAAAAAAACUUUUCUGCUGAACAUGGAUAGGUAUGUUUGCCCUUUUAAUUUAUGUCAAGCACUUGCCUCAAAUCCUGCCCUUCUGCAAAUAUAUCCCAAUGAUCUUUGCAGCUGCUUACAAGGACACUAACUUACCAACUAUCAAAGAAGGAGAUUAUCUCAAACUUGCAAGCUGUACUGUAUGUUUGUAUUGCUGUUAAUGUGCAGGUACUGGUACCUUUUUUUUGGUUAUAACCAUUUAAAAUGUUGGCUUCAAUGUAAACUCAUUACUAUGGAUAGUUAUAUGAAAUUUAUAGGGUUUGUGUGCAGAGAAUUUUUUAAAGGUGCUUUGUAUAAAGGAUGUAUCUUAGCUUUCUUGGUACAGAUGUGUGAUAACCUAAAUAUCCAUGACAGUUAAGUGCAAUUAUUUGAUCAUCACUGAAACACAAGUUGUGUGCCCUUUACAGCAAAUGUUUGACACAUUUUAAUGACACAUUUUAAUGCCUUCCUAAUAAAAGUGGUAGACAUUUUGUAGCUUUCUAGAACUUUGUAUUUGUAUUCAUACAGUAUAAAUCAACAAUAAAAAGGAAAAUAACGUAUCACUUUUCUUUUUACUGUC